AUGGAUAACGAAAAGAACCGCCCCACCGAACCCAUCGAAGACCCCGACGUCAAACCAAUCUCCAUCAAAUCCAAGACCGAAGACGAAGAACCUACCAAUCACUCCAUCUCCAACUCCAAACAAUUCCCAAAAGGUCCCACCUAUCUCGAACAAGAAGAGCACGACAUCGAAAGCCAACGACCCAGUCUCCACCCCGUCCAAUCCCACGUCUCCACCCACGAUGCCGUCCACCAGGAUCACGACCAGCACUAUGAACAAGGGGACGAGAUCUACGACCGUUUUAGUCGAUCGCACAAGGUGAUGAUUGUGUGUAUCAUGAGCUUUUGCUCGUUGCUGGCGCCGAUCUCUUCGACGAGUAUUUUGGCCGCUUCGCCGGAGGUCGUGGCUACUUAUAACACCACCGGCACAAUCUUCAACAUCUCCAACGCGCUGUACAUGCUCUUCAUGGGCAUCUCCCCCCUCUUCUACGGCCCAAUAGGACAGACGUACGGCAGGAAAUGGACCCUCUCCGCCUCAGCAAUAACCUUCACGGCCUUCAGCGUGGGCUCCGCACUGGCUCCCAAUCUGGCGGCAUACUUUGUCUUUCGAAUGUUGACGGCGUUUCAAGGCACGGCUUUCCUGAUCAUCGGAGGUACUGUCAUUGGCGACAUCUAUAGGCCGGUGGAGCGUGGCACUGCUUACGGUUGGUUCAUGUCAGGGACCCUCAUUGGGCCUGCUAUGGGUCCGUUCAUUGGCGGUAUCAUCGUCACCUACGCAUCCUGGCGGGACAUCUUCUGGCUCCAAGUCGCCAUGUCCGGCGCAGCCACGCUCAUGGUCAUAUUCCUCCUACCUGAGACCAUCCACCGACGACGAAGCGACGAGCUGAAAGGCCUCUCUCGAGCACAGAAGGUCAAGACCCUCUGGAGCUGGAUCAACCCUGCGCGAGUCGUCAUCCUGUUCAAGUACCCCAAUCUCAUCGUCAUUGGUUUGGCGUCGAGCAGCUUGGUCUGGAAUAUGUACUCCCUUUUGACACCUAUCAGAUACGUCCUCAACCCACGCUUCCACCUGACUAGUCCUAUCCAAUCCGGCCUCUUCUACCUCGCGCCAGGAGCAGGCUACCUCGUCGGCACCCUCUUCGGCGGCCGCUGGGCCGACCGCGUCGUCAAGAAAUGGAUCCGCAUCCGCGGCGGCAAACGCAUAGCCGAAGACCGCCUGCACUCCGCCCUCACAGCAAUGGGCCUCGUCAUCCCGGCCUCCAUGCUCAUCUACGGCUGGUCGAUCGAAAAAUCCGUCGGCGGCAUCCCCCUCCCCGUCAUCGCCAUGUUCACCCAAGGCAUCGCGCAGCUCUUCUGCUUUCCCUCCCUCAACACCUACUGUCUCGACGUGAUGCAGUCGCGCUCCAGCGAGGUCGUCGCAGGGAAUUACUUCAUGCGCUACCUCUUCGGCGCCGCGGGGAGCGCCGCGGUCCUGCCGAUUGUCGAUGCGAUUGGCGUGGGCUGGUUCAGUACGAUUUCGGCGGCGUUCGUGGCCGUUGCGGCGGCGGGGGUGUGGGCGACGACGGUUUGGGGGAGGGGGUGGAGGGAGCGGGUUGAUGGGGUUAGUGAGGGGGAGAACUAA